AUGUCGGGGACAGAUUAUAGUUACGAUGAACAGGGGCAAUUCUUCCCCUUCUUUGUCCUCACCGUCACGGCAAUAGUCACUAUCCCCUUGACUUAUUCAGUUCUUAAGCCCAGCUCUGACCCUGGCGCCACUGCCCCUCGAAUCCUGUCCGACUUCAAGCCCGAACAUGCCGACCUCAUACAAGCACAGCGCAAGAAGCAGAGACGGCGAGAGAGGAAGCUGAAGCGUAUUGUUACCGUUAUUCUGGGAUGGGCAAUGAUUGGGUUUAUGGCAUACCUUAUCCAUGUCACCGCCAGGACGAUUACAAAGAUCUGGAAUCCAUAUGAUAUUUUAGGCGUCUCGGAAUCCGCCACCGAGAAGGAGAUCAGGUCACAUUACAAGCGCAUGUCUCUUAAAUACCAUCCCGACAAGGUCAAGCCAGACCCAGCAAAGAACGAGACUAUUGAGAUGCUCAAUGACUUCUUCGUAGACCUCACAAAGGCUUACAAGGCACUCACUGACGAGGAUAUCCGCAACAACUACCAACAAUUCGGCCAUCCCGAUGGAAAGCAAAGCUUUAGCAUCGGCAUUGCGCUACCCCAAUUUAUUAUUACUGAUGGCAAUGGAAAAUACGUCCUGAUAAUCUACGCUGGCCUCUUGGGCGUCUUAUUACCAUAUCUCGUUGGAAAGUGGUGGUACGGAACCCAAGCUCUGUCGAAAGAGAAGGUUUUAAUCGAGAGCGCAAACAAUCUUUUCAAGGAAUACGAGGAGGAUAUGGCCGAGGGCGACGUCGUCUACGCUCUUAGCUCUGGAGUCGAGUUCAAUAAAGUACUGAAGGGUAACAAGGCAGAAGUCAGCCUCGGCAGACUCGAGUCGAGAAUCCUGGCCGACGGAGAAUUUGGACCUUUUGCUGCUGGAUUGACUGUUAAAGACCGCACGAAGUUGGAAGAUCUCGAGGGUGGAGUUAGGAGAAAGACACUCGCUCUCAUCUGGGCAUACCUUGGCCGCAUCGAACUGGAUGAUAACGCCCUGGACGAACUGAAAUUCGAGGUUGCACCAAUCGCACACGCCCUUAACCAGAGCUUCACAGCAAUUUCUCUCGCAUUUGGCGCAACGCUCCCCAUCCUCCAAUCAUACGCCGUUACACAAAGCCUUAUCCAGGCUCUGCCACCAAAGGCAUCGCCUCUUCUGCAACUCCCACACUUCACCCCCGAGGUCGUCAAGGCCAUCGACGGCGACUCCAAAGUCCACACCUCGCUCCAGCAAUUCAUGGCCAUGCCCGAAAACAAGCGCUCGAAACUCACCGUCGGCGCCGGCCUCCUCUCAGACGCCCAGUUCAAGACCGCCAUGGACGUCGCCCUGCAACUCCCGCAUCUCCAAGUCUCCAAGGCCUUCUUCAAGGUCGUCGGCGAGAAGCACAUCACACCCGGCUCCCUCGUCUCUCUCGUCGUUAAGGGCCGCUUCGUACCCCCCGGCAGCGCCGGCGUUCCCGCCGUCAACGAGCUCGACCUCGAGGACAUCGACCCCGAUGAGGGCGACCUCGAGGCCAUUCUCGGUCGCGACAAGAAGGACUCCAAGUCCGGCGCCGAGGCCAGCAAGCCCGUCCAGCCACCUCUCGCCUACGCACCUUACUACGCCCGCGACUACUCGCCGCGCUGGCACGUGUUCCUGACCGAUAGCAAACAGGGCAAGAUGGCCGUUCCACCAUUCACCUUCACUACCUUUGACAAGCCUAUUUUCACCGACGCCGCAAAGCCGACGUUCAACAUGCAGACCCUCAAGGCGCAAUUCCAGGCGCCGCCGCAGGCGGGUCAGUAUACGUUCGUCAUGCACUUGGUGUGUGAUAGCUACGUUGGCUUUGAUACGAAGAUGGAGGUUACGCUCGUGGUGGAGGAUGCGAGCAAGGCGAUGGCACUCGAUGACGAUGAUGACAUUAGCGAGCCGGAUGAGGAUUCCCUCGCGGGCCAAAUGCAAGCCAUGAAGACCGGCGGCAUCACCGGCGCCCCCCCAAAGAAGAAGUCCAAGAAGAAGGCCGAGGAGUCCUCGGACGAAGAGAGCGACAGCGAAGAGGAGGAAGGUGAUAUCCCGAGCGACACCGACACUGACACCGAUACCGACGACGAGUAG